CUAAACACAAAGGUCUAUUAUUCUCGAACGAAUCACAGAGGAUACAAGAUUCGAGAUCUCUGAUUUUCGGGAGGAUAGUAUUGGGUUCCUUUGCUGAUUGUUUUGUCGCGUCCAUAUCUUUUUCAAUUUUUACUCUUGAACCAUUCAGGCUGUUUUUUUCGGUGGGUUGGGUGCGUUGAUCGGGGUUUAAUCCUUUCACUGGGUCAUUGCUGCUGCUACGCAGUAUCUGAGUCCAUAGCGUAUUUUUCUUGCUUCUUUUCGUUCUGGAAAGAAGAUUUUGAUGGAUUUUUGGCAUUCUUGUGACAAGAUGCUCUUGAUUUGUGUGGAUGAAACCAUGGAAUGGGUAUGGGGGAUUCAUCUGGCUAAUCAGCUUUGACACUUUCGGAUAGUUGCGAGGGUUAUGCAGUUCUGAGUUGGGAAACAGUUUAAAAAUUUGUUCGAUGAUUUUCGAAUAGUGAGACGCGUGCAUUUGCGUAUGGAAUUAUUGAUUGUAUAGGAGAGAAGAAAUCUGGUGUUUUAGAUUUAUUCGUGGUAUUUUUAUUGGGUACUUGAAUAGAAAAGGUUGGUUCCUAUCUGGUCUUGUGAUUCUGUGGAUAAGGAAAGACAAUCAAAUCUUUCGGCGAAGUUAAAGACUGUUUGGCACUGUUUGACCGGCGGGUGGUUUCUGCAGCCAUGGCCAUUCAUGAUCAAAAUGGAGUCACCAGACCUCACGGCAGCAUUCCAGUAGGAAAUGGAGUAUCUUUGAGCUCUGGACUACAUCCCGUUGCACGGGCUCAUCUAAAUGAUCAAUUUUCUUGUGCGAAUGACUAUGCUCCAAAGGUAAGGAAACCGUAUACUAUCACAAAACAAAGAGAGAGAUGGACAGAUGAAGAGCACAAGAAGUUUCUUGAAGCUUUAAAAUUGUACGGGCGGGCAUGGCGAAAGAUUGAAGAACAUGUUGGCACAAAGACCACAGUUCAGAUU